AUGUUGACAAAACAAAUAGCUAAACUUGCAUAUAAACUUAAUCUACAUCAAAAAGCUCCUAUGGCUUAUGAAGAGUUUCAAAGAUUGAUCAGAAAUUCGGAAUCAUUUUUAAAAGCCGCUGCUGUUUCGCAUAAAAUAAUAGAAUUGGAGGGAUCUACUGUAGAACUUAGCAAAGAUCUAGCCAAUAGUACAACCUUGUAUGUUGGAAAUUUAUCAUUUUAUACAACAGAAGAACAGAUCUAUGAACUAUUUUCAAAAGCAGGAGAAAUCAAAAGGAUAAUUAUGGGAUUGGAUAAAUUUCAAAAAACACCUUGUGGUUUUUGUUUUGUUGAGUACUAUUCACAUAAAGAUGCAUUAGAUUGUAUGAAAUAUAUUAAUAGUACUAAAUUAGAUGAAAGAAUCAUUAGAACAGAUUUAGAUCCUGGGUAUAAAGAUGGAAGACAAUUUGGAAGAGGCAGAUCUGGCGGUCAGGUUAGAGAUGAGUAUAGACAAGAUUAUGAUACAGGGCGUGGUGGAUGGGGACAUUUUCGUGCAAAGCAAGAAGCAGAACGUGCAAAAAGACAAAAAGAAGAAUAUGAAGCCAUUACUUCUAUUCCUACAGGUGCUGGUGAAUACAAAGGCAAAGGAACUACAUCAAGGAAACGUGAAAGAGAUAGUGAUGAUCAAGGGCAUGAAAAUCAACCUCGUGAAAAGAACCCACGCUUUAGAGAAGACAAAUCAGAUGAUGAGGAGGAUAGAAUGCAAACUGAUGUUUAA